AUGGAGGGCAAGUUUGCGGACAUCGACGAUGCGGCUCGCCGGGUCUUUGCCAAGCUUGUGCGGGUCGGACAGCCGGAGCCGGUGGUGGAUGACAUGAUGUCGGACACCUUGACACUCGAAGGCAGCGAUCCCUUCGCAUCCCGGAUGACAACCGAGAAGUCGCCCGGGCCGGGCAAGGGCCUGUCCUUCCUGGACAUCAACUGCAUCAUGCCGCUUUAUUUCGGGCCAACACUGCGUCCUGGUGACAGUCAGGUCUUCGAGGCAGACUGGACGUCAGCAGUACGAGGAGCCUUCGAGCGCUUUCACAUGAUCGCCGCCACCGUGAAAGACUACGCGGCAAUCUGGCUAGUCUUCAGCAACGUGGUGUACGUCGUGCAGCUGAUCCUCUCGUCUGUGAUCAUCCUCGGGACCUUCUUCCCACCGGAGGUUCUGCGAACUCUGUGCAUCAGCAUGUCGACGGUGGCCUUGGGCCUGUCUUUCAUCUUCGGGAACCUCCUUAAGGAGAUCUUUGAGAGCGUGGUUCUGCUACUGGUGAUGCACCCCUACGACGUGGGUGAUCGGAUACAGCUGGGUGAGGGUGAUACCCUGAGGAUAUACACCAUCCAGAAGAUCAACAUCAUGAGCACCGAAGCGCGAGACUUGUCCAACCACUGCAUCUAUCUGAAAAACAAUGCCUUGUACAACGAGGCAAGCCUUGUCAAUCUGGGGCGCUCCCUCAAUGCCGUGGUUGAAAUCGGCGUCACAUUCCAAACCUCCGAGAUGUCGACGACAGUGCUGCACAGGAUCAAUCAGUAUGUCGCCUUGUACGUUCAUGAGAACGCACAUGCGUGGGUGCCCUCAUAUGUGCGGAGCUUCUCCCCAGUGGAGAGGGGCCGGGCGAACUGCGACCUCGCCGGUGCCGUGACGCACUGCGUCAGGGUGAUGCACCGACAGCCUUGGCAAAACAUCCGUGACAUUCGGCGCGACACUACCGACCUGAUGUACAAGCUCCUGGGCCAGCUGCACAGCUGGGGCGUAGACUUCCGCAACACCCCACAGCCGGUCCACAUCGAGACCAACGUGUCGAAGGACGGAGCUACUUGGAGGUUUAGGGUUUAG